AUGUCGAAAUACGCGUUACUUUUGACAUUGGCCCUGGCGAGUUUUACCGUGGGGGAAAUCCUCCCGGAAGACGACAACCAGGAAAAUCUGCUCACGGUCGUUCCCUGCGUGAAGCGUCUCUGCGAAAAGUACUUCAAAUCGGAACGAGCUCUGAAAGGAUCACUGGCGAUCAUCAACAUCAAACCGGACACUUCGAUUUUCCAGCUGAACAUUCUCAAAUCGUUCAACGACGAUCCCCGACACGAAAUGGGCGUUAUGGUCAAGGACGGUCGUAAGAAGCACUGGAAUGCUUCACAUGUAACAGAAAAGGCCAAGAACUAUCUGCUGUUGAUUACCGAUUCGUCGGAACUGGAUGCACCGAUCAAUCAACUGCGAAGAUUGCCCACCUGGAACCCUCUAGCACAGGUUGUUGUGCUGUUCACUUCGGAGAUGACUCCACUGGUGUUCGAGAUCGAGGUCAGGAAUGCUUUACAGAAGCUUUUCGAACAUUCCGUUUUGAAUGUGAAUGUCAUGGUUCAGCGUUACGGCACGAGUGUUUUGGAAGUGUGGACUUGGUUUCCGUACGAGAACGGAGAAUGCGCUGACGAUAUAGCCAAAAUUCGGUUGAUUGAUGAGUGCGAGUACGUUGAGGUACCGCUUGAUAAUCUAGAGGAAACGAUUGGGAAUACUGAGUUCACUAAUCCCGAAUUUGAACACGUAAAUGCAACUCAAGCGAAUUACUCCGUGGAAAAUCUGGAAGUGGAACAAUCAUCUGUUUUACCAAUGAUUCAGCUGGAGACGGUAUGGAUGUUCCGCGAAAAGCAUUUCUUUUCAGAUUUUGGUCCGAAAAUUCCAAAGGAUUACAACUACUGCCCGUUGAAGAUCAGCACUGUCGUCUGGGAGCCGUUCGUUGUUGGCAAUGAGACUGUAAUCGAGAAGGGCUUGGAAGUGUUGAUGAUCGAAGCUAUCACUGCUCGUAUGAAACUUACCCCAGUGUACGAGGUUAUCGAUCCCGGUCGUGCUACCGCUCGGAUUACAGCCGACAAUCAAACUGGAUUCUAUGCGGAUUUAAUUCAAAGACGAACAGACGUGAUGAUUGGUGGCCUGUACGAGAAUCCAAUCAGUAGGAAACUUCUUUCCUCGUCAAUUCCGUACUAUCAGGACGAGCUAACCUGGUGUGUUCCGACCGCCCGGCACGCUCCAAAAUGGUUAAAUGUUUUCAUUAUCUUCAAUGUGUGGAUCUGGCUUGUCGCUAUUCUGAUCGUCUUUGUUGGGGCUGCCGUCAUUUAUUGCUUUAACCACAUUGAACAGAAGUACCCCGAGAACUAUACCUGGAUGGCACUACAAUCGUUAGCGCUUUCGCUAAGUGUCUACGCUCACUACUGGCCCAGCAAAUUUUCUACUCGAUGCUUUUUGAUAGGCUAUAUGAUCUACGGUCUACACUGGAACGCAGCAUAUCACAGUUUUCUGAUAUCGGUGCUAACUCGACCGCGUUUCGAAACGCAGAUUAGUUCCGUGGACGCAGCGAUCGCGGAUGGUUUUCAGUUUACCGGAGCAGAGAAUUCGUUAGUACACUUUGACAAACCGGAUGCUACCUCCAAAUAUAUUUCCUCGGUUUACAAGAUCUGUCAGGAUAUGGACGAGUGCUUGGCCCAGUUACACUCGGAACGCGCGCUGGCUGUGGCCAUUUCAAGGGCUCAUUCGCACAAUAGUAAGAGUAUUGGAGAGGCUGAGAUUUUUUGUUUCGAUAGGACGAACAAUAUACAGACUUAUUCGGUGGGGAUGAUGGUGAAGAAGGAUUUCCAUCUGCUGCCUAAGAUCAACGAUUUGAUCCGGAGAAUAAGCGAGUCGGGUCUGUUGGGAAAGUGGCAAGUGGAGAGCGAUAAAAUAAGAAUUGACGAGGACUUGGAUGGUUCGGACGGGGAAGGUGGUGGGGGUGAAGACGGGGAUGGACAAAUCGUGCUCAAGUUGGACCAUAUUGAGGGGGCAUUUAUUUUGCUGGGCGUCGGGCUGGGGUUGUCGGCGGUUGCCUUUGUGGGGGAGUUGAUUUAUUUUAAGCUCAAAGAAAAGUACAGUUGGAACGAUAAUGUUUUCAGCAGCAUAUUUUGUUAAGUUAUUUUGUUCUAUUCAUUUAUUUGAUAAUGCACAUUUGCGAUAGCUUAAAGGUGCCCACUUUUUUGUUUAACAUUUUAAAUUUCUUAAAACUAGUUAGUAUAAAUAUUCGUAGAGACCGAUGGCGUAACUAUCUUUGGCAUUCCUGCAAAAGAUCGCUUAGAGCUCAUCUGAAGGAAACGCUUCAGUUUCUCCUCGCGCUAUUUGUCCGCGGAACAUGUUGGGAGAUCAUGUGGAUUUCCCCAACAGUUGAGACACUUUGACAUUCAUUCCGCAGAAGACAUCUGCAAUCUGCAAUCGUUUGCAUUCCAGUAUCUUCAAUGGCUGAAGCAUGGUGUCUUUAAAACAGCCAACCCCGUGUGUCAGCAGAUCAGCGGAAUUCAAACUCGGGUCGGAAACGACCCCGCCCACUUCAACCCGGUUAACUGGUACAUAUACUCUGCUCCUCCGUAAAAAGCUCGUAGUCAGCAAUAUCAUUUGCCUGCUUCAGACUAUUUAUCACCACCCUGAGCUUAUCAGGGUGAAUUUUCGAUAUUUUUGUUACGGACAAAUAUCGUUUCGUUAGAACUCGAGAAAUCUGCAGAAGAUUAUAAAAAAGUUGCCUUUGCGGAAAAAUAUUACGUAAGGCCCGGUUGAAUAGCAUGGAUAUAACUUGAGCCGGGAGUCGAUUUUAUUCCGAUCUCCACCUCACCUUGAGAUGAAUGACUGUCAGGAGAAGUCAUUUUUGCACGGCCCAGUGCAGGAAUAGAGGAGACGAGAAUGGGUAGCGGUAUUUAACGUCAGUCGGAUGUGCCGUUCGAACUUCACACCAGCAGCAAAUAGUGAAACGCCGAAGCCGAAAAAUCAAUCUAAGCAACUCAUUUUUUUGUUGUAAAACUUCUGCUAACUGUCCUUUCCUCUUCUGUGAGUAUCGAUAGGAACUGUUCCGAUAAUUCCGUGGGACACACUUAAACAAAAUUAGCCAGGAACAGUGGAUCACCGACGAUCAGCUCAGCAAUACGAAAACGCACUUUUUUGAUAGAACGUCCGGGAGAAAACCUAGUGCGAAGAGAGCGACCUAACACAGAUGAGAGUUCGCCUACUACAUGAUCCAGGCGCGGAUGCAGAAAAAAUAAUCCGGGAGGGGUCCGAAAUAUCGAUUUUAAAAUGAAGAUUGUACAAUUCGUAAUACGUAAUAAUGUUAUGUAAUGAACAUCAGUU